UCCAGGCUGCCUGAAAGUGCUGUGAAACGUCGUGCUGCAGCUGAACUGUAAACUACUAGCAUGUGAUCAGCUUUUUGCAUGCAGACUUUCAACCCAUGACAGCCACAUGCAUGGCUCUAAUGAACUACAACACCGUCUGCCUCUUGUCCUCAUUGGUCUGCAGGUGAUUAACAAACAGGAUUGGCUGUAAGUAGCUUGUAAACAUCACAGGAGAACCUCCUCCUCUUCUCCUAUGUGUUGAAACGAGGAAAUAAUGAGCUAAAAAGCAACACUUUAAGUCUCUGAAGUUGUGCCUGAGACUUUAGCAGACAUGGUGGAGGUGUUUACCGGUCGGACUCUGGUGAAUAAAGACGGGGAUUUAGUGGAUCCCGACGAGGCGUUGAGGAACAAAGUGGUGGGGAUCUACUUCUCUGCAGGAUGGUGUCCUCCUUGUCGAGACUUCACUCCCAUCCUGUGUGAUUUCUACACGGAGCUGGUGGAAGAGAGCGAACCUGCAGCUCAGUUUGAGAUAGUUUUUGUCUCCUCUGACAAAUCCACCGAUGACAUGGUUGAAUAUUAUCAUGAUAUGCACGGAGACUGGCUGGCUCUGCCUUGGACGGAUGAGUACAAGCAUGAGUUGAAGCAGCGCUACAAGAUCACAGCGGUGCCCAAACUGGUGAUCGUGAAGGAGGAUGGCGACGUGAUCACAGACAAGGGCAGGAAACAGAUCAGAGACCGUGGCCUGGCGUGCUUCAGGUCCUGGCUGGACGCCGCAGAGAUCUUCCAGAACUUUAAGGGUUAGGAAACAACGACAACAAGGAACACGUCAACCCAUCUUUACACGAAGGGCUACUGAAAAACCAAAGUCAAAUAUUUCUACGUUCACUUUAGUUCAGUGGUUCCUUACCUGGGGAUGAAGGGUCAGACUAAUUAAAAGGAUAUCAAAAGAACAAAUUAUACAAAAAUAUGUUUAUUUAUUGCGAUUUUUCUCUAAGUUUUGCUUUUUUUUCAUCAACUACUGGAUAUAUUUGACCCCUAAGCAUUCAAAAUUCCUUCGAAUGAAACAAUCUGAGAAGGAAAAAAUCUAACUUUGCUUCAAUUGCUCACGAAUAGAUAUGGAUUUGUGUUUUAAGGGUUCACAAGCUAAAAAGGUUGGCAAACGCUGCUUUAAACAUCCUAUGCAUUUAAGACAAACCUCAGGCGUGUCCAUUAUAAAUCAUAUGUGAAAAAUGCUCUGUGCAUUUAGUAAGAUACAAGCCAGCUACUGUAGUAUUUAAAAUGCAUUCAUUGAUGUUUUUAUAAGCUUGUUGACUAAUUAAUUGCUUUUAUUAAGUAGAUAUCUUUAUGCUUUUGUAUAUUUAAAGUUGGACUUGUAGUUCUACUUUGAGCUGCUCUGUAUAUUUUUGUAUUUUUAUUUUAUAUGAGUUGUUAAGUUGGUUAUUAUUAAAAAAAAGAUAUAUAUUCUGAGA